AUGUCUGGAUAUGGAGAAGAGUUUACAAUUCCAUGCUUCUAUGGGAAGAUUGAUACAGAGGCAUACUUUGAUUGGGAAAAGAAGGUGGAGUUUCUCUUUGGACUCCAAUACCACACUGAAAAGAAAAAGGUAUGUCUAGCAGUCACUGGACUCUGUGGAAGUGCAUUCUCAUGGUGGCAAAGAGUUUCUCAGACUAGGAGAUUUGAAAAAAAAUCACAAAUUACUUCAUGGGUUGAGAUGAAGAGCUUGAUGAGGAAGAGGUUUGUGUCACAGUGGAAACUUCCUGAAAUAAAGCCAGAAGCAUCAACAAAGCUUACUACUUUAGAACAGCUUUCCUGUUGGUCUAAACUACCAUCAAAACCUGCUGGAAGAAGAUCUGUUGUUCCUGUUCUAUCACUGAAACAAGAGGAGGAGAAGCUGCAAGCUUCUAUAUUAGCUUCACCAAUAAAACAGAUUGAGGAGAGUCAUGAAACUGAAUCAGAACCAACAACUCUUUGUCUGAAGCUAGAGGAGGAAGUAAAAGUUGCAGAAGCUGAGUGUAGCCACGUGCCUGAUCAAACAAAACAAGAAGAAGAAGUUCCUGGAGGGUCAUCUAAAGCUCUUGAAUUGCUCAGCAUAGUGGAGCAUCUGGUGGUUGUUAAGGGCCUGACGUGUGUAGCAUCAUCCAGGAGAGAAGCAGACAGCUUUAAACUCAACAAAGUGGAGGAAUCAUCUACCUUAGAAGCUAUAUGCCUUGAGAAAAGUUCCAAGAUAUUGUUGAGACAUGAAGAAGGAUUGCAAUACUUUGUGUUUGACCCUGGAGAGAUUAGAGAAGUGAUCAUAUCUCCCAAGGCCAGAUCAUGCAAUCUGUUGUUGAGUGAUCAAGGUUCUAUCAUCCAAUAG